AGGGGCCGCGUGCCGCAGUGGGCCCGGCGGAGAGCGGCGGCGGCGGCCCCGGCACAGCCCCGACCAUGGCCGCGGGGCCCCCCGGCAGCAUCCCGCUACUGCUGCUGCUCCUGCCGCUGCUCUGCCUGCGCGGCCGCGGGCAAAGCUUCGGGCAGACGCGGUUCAUCUGCACCUCGGUGCCGCUGGACGGGGACAUGUGCGCUGCCUCCGCCCCGGGCAGCGGCUCGGCCGAGGAGCUGAAAAGCACCGUGCUGCAGCUGCGGGAAACGGUGCUGCAGCAAAAGGAGACCAUCAUGAACCAGAAGGAAACCAUCCGGGAGCUGACGACCAAGCUGGGCCGGUGCGAGAGCCAGAGCGUGCUGGAGGGGCUGCCCGGAGAGGGCAAGGGCGGCGGGGCCGGCAGGAAGGGCGGCUUCUCCAAAAACACCAUGGGGGACCUGUCGCGGGCACCGGCGGCUGAGACCCUCAGCCAGCUUGGGCAGACCCUGCAAUCCCUGAAGAUCAGGCUGGAGAACCUCGAGCAGUUCAGCCGGAUGAACUCCUCCAGCCAGACCAACAACCUGAAGGACAUCCUACAGAAUAAAAUCGACGACCUAGAGAAGCAGGUGCUGUCCCGGGUGAACAGCCUGGAAGAGGGCAAAUUCAACCCCAAGAACGAGUCCGAGGAGCGCGGCAAGAUCGAGAGCACCCUCACAUCGCUGCACCAGCGCAUCAGCGACCUGGAGAAAGGCCAGAAGGACAACCGUCCCCCGGACAGGUUCCAGCUCACCUUCCCCCUGCGCACCAACUACAUGUACGCCAAGGUGAAGAAGAGCCUGCCCGAGAUGUAUGCCUUCAGCAUCUGCAUGUGGCUCAAGUCCAACGCCUCCCCUGGCAUGGGCACCCCCUUCUCCUACGCUGUGCCCGGGCAGGCCAACGAGCUGGUGCUCAUCGAGUGGGGCAACAACCCCAUGGAGAUCCUCAUCAACGACAAGGUGGCCAAACUGCCCUUUGUCAUCAACGACGGCAAGUGGCACCACAUCUGUGUCACCUGGACCACACGGGACGGCGUGUGGGAAGCCUACCAGGACGGCACGCAGACUGGCAACGGUGAGAACCUGGCACCAUACCACCCCAUCAAGCCCCAGGGGGUCCUGGUCCUGGGCCAGGAGCAGGACACGCUGGGCGGUGGGUUCGAUGCCACGCAGGCCUUUGUGGGGGAGCUGGCCCACUUCAACGUGUGGGACAGGAAGCUGAGCCCCGGGGAGGUGUACGGCCUGGCCACCUGCAGCUCCAAGGCGCUGGCGGGAAACGUCAUUGCCUGGGCUGAGGCCAACAUCGACAUCUACGGCGGGGCCACCAAGUGGACUUUUGAGGCCUGUCGUCAGCUCAACUAAAGCCACGGACAAGAGAGAGAAACCUCCUCAUCGGGCUCUUUUCUUUUUUCUUUUCUUUUCUUUUUCUUUUUUUUUUUUUCCUCCUUUUUUUGCGCAAAAAAACCCAACUGAGAACCAAGCCACCUGUCUUGUCCCGUGGAGUGGGGAUGCCCCAGCAGGGGGGCUGCCCAUGCCCGGAGCCCCACGACCCUCUGGUUUCUGUCUUGCCAACGUCCUUCAAUGCCUGCGUGCCUUGGCCUGGCGCGGCUGCGCCCCGAACUGCUGCCCCCCCCCCUUCCCCCGCCUCCCCCCCCCGGGGCAGCCCCCCCUUUCCCUGGGCACCGGCGCCUUAAAAGGCUGCGGGGCCCAGACCAGAGCCACCCCCGGGGCUCCUCUCCCUCCAGGAUGAAGCCCUGGCAGGAGGGUGAUGCCCCCGGAGCUGGGGGAGGGUUGCAGCAUCCCCCCCCUGCCAGUUUUACAACCCCCCCGGGAGCCGGGGAUGCAGCAGUGCCCAGGGCUCUAAGGAGGGGGUGACCCCCCUCUCCCCUCCCUCAGUUAAGGACCCCCCCCUCACUUCCCCAACCAGCGCCGCUCCCCAGCACCACAGCCAUAGCCCCGGGCUGCGGCGGGCACCGGGACGGGACCCCCCUGGAUGGGGCCCCCCCCGCCGGCCCCGCUCCCCGCCCUGCCGCACUCAGGUACGUCCCCCCCCGGCCCCCCCGCCUGCAGCCCCCAGAGGCCUCCUAUGCGCCGUAGCUGGUGAAAAAAUAGCCUUUACCAUGCCCUGAAAGUUUAGCUACCACUGAAAAGUCUGAAGCCUUUCUGCUUUUGAUAAUACACUAUGUUGUUUCUCUUACUGUAAAGGGAAGUUUAUUACCAUUAAAAAAAAAAAAAAAGGUAUUUUUAUGAAGUUAAAAAAAAAGAAAAAUUAUAGAAUUAAGCCGUGUUCCCUGAGGAAAAGUACUUUGAGAUUCUGCAGGAAAAAGAGAUAAAGAUGCGUAUUUUGAAAUAACAGAUGCAUUUUGUAUGGUUUCCUUUUCUAAACUCCUGGUUUGUACUAGAGAUUGCAGAAAUCACAUCCCCCCCCCAGCCCUUCCCCCUCGCCUCCACUGAUCCUCCCGAGGACCACCCUGGGUGGCAGUGGAGGAUGAGGCAGAGAAUUCCCACAGGGCUCCAGAGCCUCCCUGACCAACUCUAAAGAUGUGGCAAAGAGACGUGCGGAGUGGAGGGGCCCACCCGGGGCUGGGCCACCCCUGGCCAGGAGCACAGACCUGUCCCAGCCACCAGCGCUUUGGGGAACCAGAGCCCAGCUGAGGAGCAGCACAGGCACCCCCAGAUCCAGGUACCUCCCUACCAACUGGGGCUCAGGGCAGCUUAUUUUAAACUGUGCUCUUUUUUAAAAACAAAAGCAGACAAGAAAACAACACAGCCAACCCAUCGUGAGUCAAUUUGAGUUCCUCCUAAGAGCCUGUUCGCAUCAGCAAAGGGACAAGCACAACUGGCUGAGAAGAACGAGGCCACCACAAAGGUUUAACCUGCAGUCCCAGGUGCGUCGGAUUUGCCAAAAAAAAAAAAAAAAAAAAAAAAAAAAAAAAAAAGUGUGAUGUCAACACAAUGUAUAUAGUGUACAAUAGGGGAGAGUAUAAAUGUAUCUUAAUUUGUCAUUAUUUUGCUAACCAAAGCUGUACAUUUUUCCUAUUCCUUGCUGUCUCCUUUGGGUUUUGAAUGGGUUCUGAUGUCCUGUGCCUCCCGUCCACAGCAGCAUCCUGACUGUGCACUGUUUCUACUGAUACUCAUGCUUUUGCCAUUUUACUGCCGAGAUUACAUGAAUUGUUGACUUUAUUUUUACACAAUAAAAAGCG